GCUGAAUUCCUUGGCGACCUUAAAAUUAAUAUAUAUCAGUCUUUUAAUGUGAUUUCCAUAUCACAUAUAUCACGCCAUACCAUGCCAGCCAUAUAAUAGUCCUGUAACAAAACAUGACAACCCUAUAACAUUACAUGCAUAUUACACAAAACGCCACAUCCUAUAACAUACCACAAUGUCAUACCCAAUAACAUGCUACAUCCUAUAACAUGAAAUGUUACAUCCUGUAACAUACACUACCAUACUAUUUGUUACACUGUAACACAGCAUGACACAACAGCAUACAUAUAUAUCUCAUAACACACCAUACCAUACGAGUUACAGCUUGUAACAACACAACAGACCAUCUAACAGAACAUCCUCUAACACAUGACACACGACGGGCCCAAUAACUGCAGUCUGUAAUCCAGCGGGUGGGGAUGUUGCCCAGAAAGGUCAUAAAAACAUGUACAUGCCCACUUCUGCCCCAUCUGUCUGACUAGCUCCAGGCUCUCAGGAGCCCACAUUUCUACUUCCUCCCACAGGUCUGGAGAAUUCAUUUAGAGGUGGAGGAGGGCAGGGCGUGCAGAUGAUAUUCCUUUCCUGUGUGCUGAGAGGUCAAGUGGAUGCACCGGAAGUCCCGCCCCCAGGUGGAAAUUGCGUUUCCCAUUCCCGCGGGAAAUGGGGAAUUAGACACGAAUUGGACACGACGGAGGUGGUGAUUUGGACUUGGAGUAUAGAAGAAAGAUCUGACUUCAAAUUUGUCCUUGAGCAAGUCUGAUGACCUCUUUCCUCAGUUUUCCUCAUCUGUAAAGUGGGGGCGCUAAUAAUACUACCUACUAAUCCAGGGUAGAGGUUAAACUUAAGAAAACAUUAAAAUAAGCAAAAAAUGGAAAAUGAUGAGAUGAAGAAGACUCAAGAAAUGAAGACUGAUCUGAAUUUAUUAUUAGAGUGUCUUAAGUAUCAAAUGGACAACCCAUCAUCACAAAAGGAGGCUUUGGUUACUAUUUAUUCAGUCUGUCAGCAAAACAGUGAUGCAAGUAUUUAUUUUCGGGAGAUUGGUGGUUUGAUGUUUGUAAAAAACCUUGCAAAGUCAAGCAUUCACAGCAUGGUAAAAGAAGCAGCCUUAUUUACAUUAGGAGCUAUUGCUGAAUGUAAUGUUUAUUGUCAGCAAACUUUAUGUACUUCAGAAUUUUUUGAAGACAUUAUUUGGUUUCUAUCCAAGUAUGAAUCUAACAUAAAUUUGAAAAGAAUGUCUGUUUAUGUGAUGUUAGUCCUGGUUUCAAAUAACAGGACUGGGCAGACUCUUGUGAGAGAAACAGGCUGUAUUAGUAUUCUGCUACAGUUUUUCAGAACAGCUCUUUCCUUGUCUGAGAUGGAUUUGUCAAAUGAAACCAUUAACCAGAGUUACCAGCUGUGGUCUUCCGUGUGCAGUGCUUUGUGUGCAUGUGUAAAUAAUCCACAAAAUGAUGUCAACCAGAAAAUUUGCAGUUCAGUUUUUCAGCAUGCAAAUAAGUGGCUACAGAGCUGCAUAAAACCUGAAAUAAUCCGCCCUAUUUGCUCAUUUAUUUGCCUGACUAUUGCAAAUAACACACAUGUACAGGAGUAUUUUAUAUCUAUUGGCGGACUGGCCGUAUUAUCUGAAGUUCUGAUAAAGCUGGAACAGGAUUCCCACGGGAAUCUUCCUAGUGCCAAGCUGGCCGUAGUGGUAACUAAGACCCUGGACGCCUGCAUCGCGGACAAUCCUGCUGUUGGGGUAGUACUUUCCAAAUACCACAUUGUAUCAAAGCUUCUGACACUGCUACUUCAUGAGAGUUUGGAUUCAGGGGAAAAAUUCAGCAUUAUUCUUACUCUUGGGCAUUGCACAGAAUCUUGUGAAGAGAAUCAGCUUCACCUCUUUCAGAAUAAUGGUCUUCCACUAAUGAUUCAAGUCUUAACCGAGUCACAGAAUGAAGAGCUAAACAAAGCUGCUACCUUUGUACUACACAACUGCAAAAAAAUUACAGAAAAAUUAUCUCUAAACCUUGAAGAAUCUUCUGAGAUGAAUGAAGCACAACAUUUGAAAGAAUUAAAGGUGAGAGAGAGGAAUAUUGAAGGCUUCUGGAAGAAAGCAAAAGAAAUUCUGCACAGAAUAGAACAGCUUGAAAACAAAGAAGAUGAGGAAAAAAGAGAAGGAAGAAAAUUGGUUGAUGAUUCUUUUCCAAGGAGCUUAAAUAUCCAAAAAUCAAAAUGCCCUAGAAUGGACAGCACUGAUAGAGUUGUUAAUGCAGAAAGAAACUACCUCCAAAAGGAGUGUCAGCCUCAGAGUUCUAUGCUGAACACUGCAGCCAAGUCUGAGGCCCCUGCAGGGCCUGAGCCCCAGAAUCUAUCAGGGAAUGACAAGACAAAUCUAGCCAGUGCCCAUUGUAAAGCAAGCGAGCCAGCCAGAGCUCUAAGUUCCACUGCUGUGCCCUUGGCUGCCAGCACCAGCAGAAGUCCCUGCGUGUACCAAGGAGUGACGGGUGACAAAAGUGAACAAGCUCGUAAAAAUCCAGCACCAGCUGUCAGAAGCAGAAAGCAUCAGUUAUCAGUAACAGAUCCACUGAUGUUAUGUUCAGACAUCAUUAGCAAAGAAGUUUCCAACUUUCAAGGAAGUGACAAUUAUCCUAAAACACUGAAUUUCAGAUGUUCAGAGAUAGUGUUGACCCCAUAUAAGAAAAAAAGAUUGAGUAAUGAAUCUUGUACAUAUGAAGAAAGAAGUAAGUUUCAAGAUAAUUUCCAAAGUGAGUUCUGAAUUUUUAAAAAUAAAAUUGAGUAGAGAAGAGAGCAGAUGACUGAUUUGGAGAUGUUCCCAUUCACUUUAAAUCCCAGUUUCCUUAUUUCUAAAAUGUGGAAAUUGUACUAGAUGAUCUCUAAGGUUCCUUAGAACCUAUGAAUGAUGAAUAAUAAUGGCUUACAUUUAUAUAACCAACAACUGAAACCAGGUUUUCUGACUAUAAAUCCAGACCCUAAUCUCUUUCUUUUAGCAUCUUUAUUCUCUUAUCUAUAGAUUCCUUUGCUUACACUUUAAAAUAAGCACUUUCUACCAUAACAAUUAGAAAAAUACUGGAGAAGCAUUUGUUGGUUCACUGUUUUCUAGAUUCAGUGAUUAUAUAAUGACCACUGUGAUGAGAGAAAAAAAAUGCUAAUAAUAAUGUUCUCUAGCUUCCAAUGUACAUUAUAAAGUACUUUCCUCAUAGUCUGUGAAGUAGGGAGUGCAAAUAUUUUUUAUUAUAUCCAUAUUAUAGAUGACAUUGAGGCUUAGAGAAAUUUUGUCUUGCUCUUAGUAACACAGCUAGUAAAUGUCAAAGCUAGGGCUAGAACUCAGGUCUUCUGGCACCAAUUUCUUUCUAAUAAUAGCAUUCUGAUUGAUGUGUUUCAUUUAUUGCUCUAUAUUGUUUUCUUAUAGUCCUUAAAUGACUGAAUUUAAAACUCAAGUAGUCUGUUUAUGUUAGAAUAAAAUAAUGGACUACUGUUUUAUAUUGCAUGUAUAUUAUUAUCAUUAAUACAAGUGAAUUUCAAUUCUGAUGAAAAAUAUACUACUCUAAAGAAAAAC